AUGAAUAAAGAUCAUGGGGUUCCAUCCCCUCCGCGAUCCCCCAGAGCUCCACGCACUACCUCAACUCAACGAAAACCCAGAGUUACUAGCGCAGCUAAACUCGAUCUUACACAAACAAAACCACAAAUUACGCGAAGUAAUACCCUUCCACCCCCUCCUGUACAUUAUUUUGCAAAAAUCUCACGAAAUAACACAGCAAAUGGGUUGCCAGACAAGGAGAAAUCAAGGUCUGACGACGGCUUUCACUCUGAUUCCGAUAAAGAUAGUAAUAAUUCAAAUAUAAGUGUACAUAGUAGUAUAAGUCAUCUUAAUAGAACAUCCAAUCUUUUAAAAAUGGACCCUAUUGCGCGAGUGCGCUCCUCUUCUUCUCUUAAUAACUUAUCGGAAACUGCUAAAAUUGAUAGCCUUAAGCUCGCAAAUGUGCCCACAAAUCGGAAAUCUCAAUCAGAUGUGUCCGCAAAUCGGCAAUCUCAAUCAGGACAGCAAGCAGGCGAGGCAAGAAAAGAAAGAAAGAUACAAGAUUUGGAAAUCUCCAUACAAUCAUUAAUCAAAUUAAAUACUGAAUUGGACGCCACCAAUAAACAACAAGCUGCUGAAAUUGAAAGAUUAAAACAGAGACUUGAAAUGCAUGAAAGUUAUAUUUCAGGUAUUAAUGCGACAGAUGACGAGGAUGAAGACGACAAUGAAGUUUCAACCCCACUAUCUGAUGUUGAGUUUCUAGAACGAGCAAGAGAAAACGAUAUCAGAUUUCGACGGAUACUUAUAGUAAUAGAUGAAAUGAUAAGGACAGGAACAGCGGCAAUCGAAAGCACACCAAAAUUAAAUGGUAGUCGAGUACUGUCUACUCCUCAAAUAGGAUUAAAUCAAGUGCAACGAACCUCAUCUUCACGAGGAAAAUCAACUGAUACAAUAAAUACGAAUAUAUUUAAUGCAGAAGAGGAAUUACUUAAAGUUGAAUUGGUCCCCGAUGAUAAACUCAUUAAGUUGAAAAAAUCAGAAACACAGUCAGAACAAAAAUGGAAUAAUAAUCAUCAUCUAACAAAAGACAAUAUAAUUUUGAACGUUGAAAGCCCGCCGGGCGAUCAUCGAAUUUAUCCAGAGAAAACAAAAGAAACAAAGGAACCAUAUUCAUCAGAGAAUGAGCUAAAAUCAAAUUUAUCUACCAUGAAUCCUGAAACCAAAAUAAAAGUAGGCGAAAGUAUUGGCGAACAAUUGGAAAUUAAUAAGGAUCGAGUUCGAGCUGUGAUUGAUGAACUUUUGAUACUUGCUAAGCAAGAUCAUUUCCAUAACAAAGCUCCGGUCACAUCUCCUGUAAAGGAAAGGCCGGGUCUUGGAAUAUUACUUCAUAAUCAAAGAGGACAAUCAACACAUCUAUCUCCCAGCAUUAAUAUUAAUGAAACUGAUGAUGCAAAACAAAAUUCAUCUGCCGUUUCGCUUCUAUAUGAACUUCAAGAUCUAUUGGGACUGACCUCGUUUGCAGAAUCUUCCAAACUCACGAAAUACAAUCGGAACAGCUUUCCUGUGAUGUCAUCGAGUCAUAUAAACUUCAAUGUUGACCCGCCAGAUGAUAAGGAGGAACUUCUUGAUCCAAAUCAAAAAACCACUACUUCUCGAAAUCGUCGACGAUCUUCUAAAGAACGAAUUAUACGCCGCCGAUCCUCACCAAGUUUUAGUACUCCCUCAUCAAAUACCGUAAACGAAAGUCAUAUCAAUAAUUCUAUCAAUUUAAUACCAGGGUUAGCCAGGCAUACCUCUUGGGUUUCUUCCUUAGGAUUUUUAACUCCCUGGAAAGCCGCCACUACUGCUGCUAUCGAAUAA